UGAGUGGGGAGAGUCUCUUGCCUUUUCUCACCCCUCUAAAGUCUCCCUACUUUAAGAUGGGGAAAGAAGGACCCAGUCUAUAGACUCUGACCUUAGCCCUCAGAAUCCCUCAUUCAGAGCUGAGGGAUCGCCAGGCCAGAAGGUGGCUGGGAAGGCACCAGGGAGAGAAGAGAGCCUCCCGCCCCCAGUUGAGGGAGGUGGUGAGGAGAGGGGAGACUGAAAGCAGUGGGGGAGGGUGAGAGAGGGGAGCCAGCAGAGACUCAAGUGGCCUCCAGACUUCCAAGUGCUGGCCUUCAUCUCCCUGCAAGAUGCGCCCCCCUCCAGCUCCCAGCCUUCAUCUUCCGACUGUCACUGUCUCCUUCACAAGGAGAGCAGCAAGAGAAAGAAAGAGAGAGGCAAGCGAAAUUCCUGAAUGGAUAGACAGAUGCUACGUCAUCGGAGCUGCAUCCUCCACUCCACAAGAGGCUAGGAGCUGGGGGGAGAGAGGCAGUCCAGCCGCAGGGGCCACCCGAACAGUCUCUCCUCCUCACAGAAGCCUGGAGCUGGAUAUCCAAGAAGCAGCAGCCUCAUUUGUUUUCUGGUGUCAUCGUAGGUGGCCACUUAUGGCUUUUGGGCUUCUCACCUGGGGCGGGUGGGUGCUCCAACACCCGCCCACCCUCCUUCCUCCUUGUGUACGACAGAGCCACAUCCAGCACCACGGACAGCUCCCGGGCGCUCGCCUGCCCCUCACCUACCACAGCCAAGGACAUCCCAGGACUUCUCAGCUGAAGCGAUGGGGCUUUGACCUUCUACUCUUUCCCAGAAGUGAGGGACACCCGGCUACCUCCAGCAAACCUCCAGGCUGUGGGAACAGAGAAGAGGAGGGGGCCAUUCCUGCCACCCUCCAUCUGCACCCUCCGCCAUUACUCAUUAGGCAUUCUGCCCCCUCCUUCCGCUCGUUAAGCCUGAUUUGCAUGCAUUUGCAUAAUACAGUUCAUUUGCAUUCCAGGAGGCUCAUGGUAGAAGCCAGGAAAAAAGGGGAGGGGGGCUGGAGAAGAGAAAAAAAGGGAGAGAUUUUGUUUUCAUCAAAGUGUUGGGGGAGGGACUAGGGGGAGGUGGCAGGAAGAGGACAGAAAUAAAAACUUACACUACUUUCUUUCUUUCUGCCCUCCCUCCCUGAGCUGGACUCAAAUGCCAAAGAGAGAUGCCAAGGGGCCAGCUUUUCUGUCCUUUUUUGUCUUGCUUCCUCCGGCCUUGGCUCCCCAGCCUGGCCCCCCACCUUGUUGGGCUGAGGCUUCGGAAAGAAAGAGGCAGGGGUAGGAGGCAAAGCUGUGGGAACGGAAGCGGAGGGUGAGGGAGGCCGCCAUCUUAGGUAACUGGCGCCUGUAAGAUGGCUGCCUGACCAGGUGUGCACUGAAAGCCUGCUCUGGUUAGUGGACAUGGAAGAGACUGAGGCCCUAAGAAGGACUUCCUGGCUGACCAGAAAUACUGUUGAAUCUUCCUGCUAAUGGAAUUGGGAAGAGAGGAUGGAGAGAGAAGGAAGGAGGGAAAGACCAGGAAUGGCGGCCCCCAGAAAAGAUGUAAGGUUGAGCACAGGAGCAGGGGUGGUAGAGAGGCCUCAGCACGUGGCUUAGUUCCCAGAGGACUUAGAGGACUGUGAGUAAUAAGAAAAGUACUGGAGGAAUCAGAAUGGGGAAUAUCAGCAGGAGGAGUGAGAGGGUAGGAUGUGGCCAGGCAGUAUCAUUUGCCAGUUUGAGGGUCUCUCUGGGGCCUGUGAAAGGUGACUGUGUACUUGAGGAAAUGCUCCACCUUCUCUCCUCAGCCCAGCACUCUAGUUUCCAUCUUUAUAACUCUGGUAAAACUGCACCCUUUCAGAGGCCACUCAUAGCCUCCUCAACAAAGACCUCUGGCCCUUCCCAAGCCCAGUCCUCCUUGACCUAUGGAAAAUUUUAUGCUAUUUUCUCAGUCUUUUCCUUUGACCUUCGGUUAUUCUGUUAUAUCCGUGAUCAUCUGUUCUUGGUUCCAUUCAUUCAGUCCUCCAGAUGGACCAGUUCCUUAACUAGAAGUGGUCCCCAGGUUCUGCUGGUAGCACUUUGUUUUCUCUUCCUUCUCACUCUUCUCACCACUUUUAUCACUUCAGCCAUCACUUGAAGUUAUAAAUUCUCCCUCCUUUCUUUUUUUUCUUUUUUUCUCUCUUUCU